UCGUCCCUUCUUCUCCUCCCUCUCGUACAAUCCCACUGGCCAACUGCUCUCCUGAGCUCCCCCUCCUUCCCUCCGAGACCGCCGACCUCGCUCGCCUCCCUCCCAUGGCGCAGAACACCAUCCCCAUCCCCGAGCUCUUCUGGUCCCUCGUCGACAAGGCCGACCGCAAGUUCUCCAGGCUUCGCGAUCUCCCCAGCUACGGCCGCAAUCGGAACGACUCGGAUUUCCACAAGGCCUUCAAGAUCUACACGCAGCUGUGGAAACUCCAGCAAGAGAACCGGCAGAAGCUGGUGGAGGCCGGGUUGCGGCGGUGGGAGAUCGGGGAGAUCGCCUCCAGGAUCGCUCAGCUUUACUACGGCCAGUACCAGCGGACCAGCGACUCUUCCUACCUCUCCGAGGCCUACAUCUUCUAUGAGGCCAUCCUCAGCCGGGAGUACUUCCGCGAUGGCGCGUCGCAGGACCCCGCCCUCGCCAACAAGCAGCUCCGGUUCCUCGCCAGGUUCUUGAUUGUUUGCCUCGUGCUCGGCCGGAGGGAGAUGGUCAGCCGGCUGGCGAAUCAGCUCAAGGUUUUGGUGGAUGAGUGCAAGAGGAACUUCCAGGAAACAGAGUUCAAAGAGUGGAAGCAUGUGGUCCAUGAGAUAGUUAGGUUUCUUAAAGCUGAUACAUCUUUUAUGAAUAUGAGGCCUUUGAGAUAUAGCUUUGCCUUCGAUCCGCAACCGGAUUCUCUUCCCAGUGUAGCUUCUUGUGACACCAAGAGACGUCUAGUUUUACGUGAUGCUAUCCUAAGCAGCUAUUGUCACAGCGGUGAGGUAAAGUUUACAGAGCUGACUCUGGAUACUUUCAGGAUGCUUCAGUGUCUAGAGUGGGAACCCUGUGGUUUAUUCUCAAUGAAGAGUAGUGCUGACAGUAGUCAUAGUGGAACAGGGCCUAAUCGCAUCAAUCUGUUACUGGAUAUUAGAGAUCCUACUUUGCCGCCAAAUCCACGGAAAUUAAUUUUGUACCGUCCAACUGUAACUCAUUUCCUCACGGUCGUUGCCACAAUAUGUGAGGAGCUUCCAGCUGAUGGGAUCUUGUUGAUAUAUCUUUCUGCAGCAGGAGAGGGUGGACUAAGUUUUCCUGCGCUGUCUAGUUCUGAAGUUCCUACAGAUGUUGCUGAAAAAGUUGCAGGGAGCCUUAAUAAUCUUGCCAUGUCCUCUCCAAUGAGCUCUCCACAACAUAGCCCAACCCAGUCAUCCAAGGAGAAUCACAGUCAACCUGGCUUAUGGUUAGGUUCACGUGGAAGUGGAGGUUCAAACUACGUGUACCCUUGUGAUUUGAUCCCAUUUACAAGAAGACCUCUCUUUCUGGUUAUUGACAGUAAUAAUAGUCAUGCAUUCAAGGUUAUACAUGGAGCAGAGAAGGGAGAGACAACAGCUAUGCUUCUCUCUCCAAUCUCUCGGCCUCCAGUCAUGACAGCUAUUAGCGAUUCUGCUCCAUAUCAAAAUGGAAGCCUGUUUACUAUAUUCCUCACUGCUCCAGUGCAAGCUUUCUGCUACUUGAUUGGUAUCUCUGGCAUAAAUAUUGAUCAGGAUACAUAUAACAAAGCUGAGAAGCUUUUUUCAUUGUCCUUAAGUGAGUGGGAAACAAUUUUGGUGACAUCGGUUGCACUCCAUCCAGUUUGGGUUGAAGUUAUGGGGGAUCCAUUUCUGAGGCGACUCCUUCUCAGAUUUAUUUUUUGCCGAGCUGUUCUUGCACUGUAUGCACCAGCCAACUGUCAGGAGGAAUUCUUUCCUGCCUGCCUGCCUCAGCUACCGGAAUCUGUCUGUCCGGAGAGCGUGGUCUCUCAGUCUGCCGUAAUGCGGCUUGCCAACUUCUUCGGUGCAGUCAACCAUUUCCUCUUUAAAGAAGGGUUUGUACCAGCUGAAACUGACACUGAUGAAGCAGAAAUAAUCAAAGCUUCGGAUAUUCACGAGUCGCAUUUUUCAGCAGCCAAUGGGUGCUGAGAAACCAGAGCAUGAAAACUUUGGGUUCAAUCUUCUACUGGGAAGCCUUCACACCGAGUCUCCUCUGUUUUAAAGGUCUGUUGAAAUGUGAAUACUGUCUCCUUUCAGAGAGCAUAGCGAUGAACAUAGUGAUAUGUUCUGGGACUCGGUGGAAAUUUCCACCACCUUCAUGGAACAAAAAUUGCUUUUCUUCGAUGCAAUCUGAUCUGGUUUUGGCUAUUAUGGUACUAAAUCAGACGAAUGUAACUGUCAAAAAAGCCUGCAUCCGUGUACACGUGAAUGACAGUUUGUCCAUACAAUCCUCUUAUUGUAGAUAACGGCAUCAAAACCGUGAAUUUUUAAGUUUGGAUCAACUUCAGAAACAAUUUAGUAAAGCAGUGCUGUAAUUCAAUAAGUUUCAGUCCAAUUACAUUUA